AUGCCAGUACCACCCAGAACGGAGGCCCAGUUGGCAGCCGAAAAGGGCAACCCUUGCAACGAGACGGUCGCAUUUUUCAAAUACCCCGAAGAGAAACUCAGCCAGCUGGGCGGCGGUUUGAGCCUCGUUUCCGAGGAAGCCAUGCAACGAUGUAAUCACGGUGAUGGCAGUGCUAAUUCGAACAACUUGAAGGGCGUGAGGCCGGGUAUCACGCUCUUCUACAUCGUUGAGGACUUGGAGGAGUGUAUGAAUUCCAUUGUGGCGAAUGGUGGGAAGAAAUUGAGCGGAGAGUUCCCAGAGGGAGCCCAUGGGAAGAUCAUGUACGCAGAAGAUUCGGAAGGAAAUAGACUGGGAAUUUACGAGGUCAUUGGAUCCUGUUCUUAG